AUGAAUAACCUUCAAAUUCUUCAAAAUGCACAACGUGUACUUCGGAUUCAACAUUCAAGUAUUCCUAUUGUUUUAACUCGUCUUCAAUCGGACUCCGUAGUUAGAGAUAGACCAUGGGAUAAAAGUACACGUGCAGUUGUUCAUGAACUUCCUGAUGUUGGUUCACCAGCAGAAAUGAAAAGUCGACAUUUACCGGGUGUUAAUCCUCAUUCACCUAUGGCUAAUGAACCACAGAGUAAUAAAAAUGCUGUUAAAGGCCGUCUUGCUGGUACUCAUUUUGAUUUAAGUACUCAAAAUUGGGAACGUAAUCAAAACAAAGAUUUUCGUUCACAAAUGAGACAGUGGGAUAUUCAACAACAAGUUUUUAAAACAUCACGUUUAAUUAAACAUCAAGAAUAUGGAACAUUCGAAUCAAAUCGUGGAAAUAUUAGUGGACGUCCAUCACCAUCAAAUUCAACACCAAUAUCUUUACAUGAAACAUCGAAAACAAAAUCGGAUCAUACUCAACAAUCAUUAAAAUCUGCAAAACAAGCAGCAAUUAAGCCGCCAGCAUCGUCACACUAA